AUGUCGUCUUCUUUGCCCUGCCUCGCCGUCGCCGUCGCCGUCGCCGUCGCCGUCCUAUCGCUGCUAGCUCUAGCUAAUUCCAACCACCUGCCAGCUGCCUCCGUCUCCGCCGCCGCCGGCCUCGGCCGCUCUGCGAUCCCGCGCGGCCACAUCGCGGCCAUGAAGUUCCUGUACGCGGUGAACGACGUGCGGCAUCAGGCCGGGGCGCCGCCGCUGGAGUGGAGCGGCGCGGCGGCGCGGCACUCCAAGGAGCGCGCCACCUGGCUCCGCGGCCCCGGCGGGUGCGACCUGCAGGCGCAGAAGGGCGGGGACCCGGCGCCGGCCCACGGCGGCGCCGUGACCUACUUCCUCAGCGACGGUGGUAGCCGGGCCUCGCCGGAGGACGCGGUCCGGCUGUGGGCGGACGAGCGGCGGUGGUACGACGCCGGCGCCAGGGCGUGCGCCGCCGGCAAGCAGUGCGGGGACUACGAGAUCAUGGUGCAGCCGGCGUCGAAGCAGCUCGGGUGCGCCGUCGCCGUGUGCGCGUCACGCAAGACGAUCAUGGUCUGCGAGUACUACGGUGGGCAGGCAUUGAUCUGA